AUGCUCUUUGCCGGUGUGCUGAUGACUUGGCUCGAGGCUGCUAAACUCACUGUGGGUUUCCAGGCCCCCUGGAACAUAUCCCAUCCAUUCAGUGUGCAGAGACUGGGCGCAGGCCUCCAGAUAGCCAUUGACAAAGUUAACUCUGAACUGGCGCAGCUGGAAAAUCUGAGUUUGGAGUUCACUUACACCAAGUCAGGCUGCAGCGUCAAAGAGUCCCUUACCAUUUUCAUCAACCAGGUCCAGAGAGAACACAUUUCUGCUCUAUUUGGACCACCAUGCCCAGAAGCAGCUGAGGUUGUUGGUUUGCUGGCCUCAGAGUGGAACAUCCCCAUGUUUGACUUUGUUGGACAAACGGCAAAACUGGAGAAUCACUUUGUGUACGACACUUGUGUGAAACUGACACCACCCAUGCAUGAAAUUGGCGAUGUCCUCCAGAAAACUCUCCAGCACAUGGGCUGGAAACAUAUUGGGAUAUUUGGCGGCCACUCCAGGGCGUCCUCCUGGGAUGGAGUGGAUGAAUUGUGGAGGGUUGUUGAAAAUAAACUCAAAUCCCACGUCACCAUCACUGCCCAUGUGAGAUACACCAGCAAUGAUCCAGCCUUCCUGCAAGAGAAUCUUAGAACCAUGUCAUCAGUUGCCAGAGUUAUCAUCUUGAUCUGCAGCUCAGAGGAUGCACACAUGAUUCUGCUCGGUGCAGAGAACCUGGGACUCAACACAGGAGAAUUUGUCUUCAUCAUUUUGCACUUCCUUGAGGACAGCUUUUGGAAGGAGGUACUGGCAAAUCAGAAGGUGACACACUUUCCCAAAGUCUAUGAAUCCGUGUUUCUCAUCGCUCUCAGCCCCUACAGAGAAGACGAGGGAUUCCGGAAACAAGUCUACCAAAGGCUGAGGAGGCCUCCGUUCAACAGCUCGAUUUCCUCAGAGGAGCAGGUGAGCCCUUACUCUUCCUACCUUCACGAUGCAGCCCUGCUGUAUGCUCAGAUGGUGGAGGAGAUGAAAAAAGCUGGGAGAGAUUUCCUGGAUGGGCGGCAGCUGGUCUGCACUCUGAAGGAUUCCAACCGGACUGCACUACAGGGAAUUACAGGCGCUGUGACUGUGGACUCCCAGGGAGAAAGGCACAUGGACUUCUUGGUCUACGUCCUAGGGAAAUCUGGAAAUGGGUCUACCUUUUUUCCCUUUCUUCAAUAUGACAGCUAUCAGAAAGUAAUCAGACCGGUGAGGAAUUUCUUCAAUAUUACUUCGUCCCAUGGCUCCCUUCCUGGAGGAAGACCAGCCUGUGGAUUUUACAAUGAGCUGUGUGAUGGUGAGCCUACUUUUACAGGUAAGUGUGACAGAACAACUGCCAUGAUUCUCAAGCUGAUGAUCCUGUUGGUUGUCUUGGGAGCUGCCAGCCUAGGUCUGAUUUUAAGGAUGCAGAGGGGAAAAUGGCAGAGACAACUUAAAGACAUUUGGUGGCAAAUAAAUUAUGAUGACAUUACCAUUCUGCCCCAGAACAAGCCAUCCCAGAGAGGCACACCUGCUUCAAGAGGAAACCUCAGUAGUACAUCCAGUGUGAUGAUUUCUGGAGACCUUGGCUCCUUUGUCAAGAGUCAGCAGGGGGAAGAACUCUUCUAUGCCCCAGUAGGACUUUACCAGGGAAACCAUGUAGCCAUUCGCUAUGUCAGUGAGCAAGCUGAAGCCUGGAUUAAGAAGCCAGCUGUACUUCAGGAAAUCCGACUGAUGUGUGACUUGAGACACGACAACAUCGUUCCUUUCUUUGGUGUUUGCAUGGAACCACCUAACAUAUGCAUUGUCACCCAGUAUUGCAAAAAAGGAAGUUUGAAGGAUGUUUUGGGAAACUCAGGUAUUGAAAUGGAUUGGAUAUUCAAGCUGUCAUUUGCAUAUGACAUAGCCAAUGGAAUGCUGUUUUUACACAGCAGCACACUGCGGUCCCACGGUCACCUGAAGCCAUCCACCUGCCUGGUGGACGGGCGCCUGCAGGUGAAGUUGUCAGGAUUUGGACUGUGGACGCUCAAGUAUGGACGAACAGAUCAGAACUACAACGAGAGAAGGACGGCCUAUUCCGAGCUCUACUGGACAGCUCCUGAGCUGCUGCGGCUCCCAGAGGCACCUUGUGCAGGUACACCAAAGGGUGACGUUUACAGCUUCGCCAUUCUGAUGAGGCAGCUGAUCUACCACCAGGACUGUGGACCCUUCGACGACGUCAAUGCACAACCCAGUGAAAUCAUCAACCGAAUCCAAAACCCUAUGGCAGCUGAACCACUGAGGCCUUCCCUGUCAGAGGAGAAGGACAAUGAAAAUAUCUUGGCCAUGGUGAGGGCAUGCUGGGAUGAAUCUCCUGAGAAGAGACCCACUUUCUUGUGCAUCAAGAAAGUUUUACGAGAAGCCAGUCCCAAAGGCCAUGUGAACAUAUUAGACAGUAUGGUGAACAAGUUGGAAGUGUACGCCAAUCACCUGGAGGAGGUGGUGGAAGAGAGGACCAACCAGCUGACUGAAGAGAAGAGGAAGGUGGAAAAACUUCUGGCUAAAAUGCUGCCCAGCUUCAUUGGAGAACAGCUAAUAGCUGGGAGAUCUGUGGAACCAGAACACUUCGACUCUGUGACCAUCUUUUUCUCGGACAUUGUUGGAUUCACAAAACUGUGUUCUCUUAGUUCCCCUUUGCAAGUUGUAAAGCUCCUCAAUGACUUGUACAGCUUAUUUGAUAAUAUUAUUAAAACCUAUGACGUGUAUAAGGUGGAAACAAUCGGAGAUGCAUACAUGGUGGCUAGCGGACUUCCAAUCCGCAAUGGACUCCAGCAUGCUGAUGCAAUUGCCACAAUGUCCCUGCAUCUUCUCAGUGCCACCAUCCACUUCCAGAUAGGGCACAUGCCUGAGGAGAAGCUCAAGCUCCGGAUUGGUCUCCACACAGGUCCUGUUGUGGCGGGCGUGGUAGGAGUCACUAUGCCCAGAUACUGCCUGUUUGGAGACACCGUGAACAUGGCAUCCAGAAUGGAAAGCAGCAGUCUGCCUCUCCGGAUACAUGUUUCUCAGAGCACUGCAAGUACCCUGCUGGCAUUGGGGGGAUUCGAUCUGCAAAAGAGAGGAACCAUUGAAGUCAAGGGCAAAGGAGAACAAACAACUUACUGGUUGAAAGGUAAAGAAGGUCUCAGUGUUCUGCUCCCAGAACUUACUGAGGAAGAAACAAAAAUCCCUGAGAUCAUUUGA